AUGUGUUACUACAGCAGCUACUAUGGAGGCCUGGGCUAUGGCUUUGGUGGCCUAGGCUAUGGCUAUGGCUGUGGCUACGGCUGUGGCUAUGGUGGCUAUGGUGGCUAUGGUAGCUAUGGUUAUGGCUGCUGCCGCCCACUCUGCUGUAGAAGGUACUGGUCCUGUGGCUUCUACUGA